ACUCAAAAGCCAUCGUUUCUGUUUUCCUAAGAUUAAUCCCCUAGCGGUUAGAAACCAUGCCUUCUUCCAGUGGAUGGUCGUCGUUUUUCCAUGUCGGUGCCAAAACCUGGAGACCGAAGACCGCUGAUCAAAGCUAUCUCGAAUUUGAGAGAAAAAAGGUUGCUGAGGAAUCCGAGCGGAAAGAAGCAGAAGUUAAACAAAAGCUUCAUCUUCUUGAUCAGGUUCGCAAGCUGGAGGCUAAGACCCAAACUCUAAAUGAGAUGGCGCUAUCGGCUGAGAUUCAAACAAAGGAACAUGAGUUGGCAAUGCGCGAACGUCAAAUGGCCGAAUCGAAGCAGAUUGAAUUGGCUAAACUGGAGUUAGCCAAGCGCAUGGGCCAAGAAUCCUUGAACGAGGCGGAUUUUGCUCGAGUAAGAAGAGAACGGAUGAAAGCUGAGCUUUUAGCCCGACAGUCGAACGAUCACGCUCUGCGAGAAUUGGAUCGCGCCAGUGGUCAAUCUGAAAUCGAUGAACGUUUGGCUGCACAUAUGCCCCAACCCCCAUCAUUUAUACCCCCUGAUGGAUUAUCGAUGCCCAUGCGGGGGAACACGCCGAUGGCUGGUCCCAUCCCAAUGCCGGGUAAUCACAUGCCAAUGUCUGGUCCUAUGUCGGUGCCUGGUCAUAUGCACAUGCCGGGACCUAUGUCGAUGCCAGGACAUACGUACAUGUCCCCUUCAGGUCCACAGCCAACUUUUGACCAUCACGAUGGUAUGCCGAUGGGGCCUCAAACACGAUUGCGCGGCAGGUCAGAAAGCUUUUCAACUUAUCCUGUUGAUAUGGGUCGAGGAGAAUGGGGACCACACAACAAUAUGUUACACGAACGCGGCCUUCGUCUUUCGGAUCACCUCGAUCAUCAACGGAUGCACCCUCCAAGUCGCGACUCCCGCAACCAUGAUGAGCCGAUGGCUCUUCAAAUGAUUUUACGCGCUCAAGCUGAACUCGUGCGAAGGAAGAAGCUCGAAAAACUGGAUCAGAAUGCUAUGCAGCAUAAUUUCAAGAUGCAUGCCCUGCGUGAGAUGAGGAAACGUGAAUUGAUAGCUCGGCUCAGAGAACGUGGGCUACACCAGCACCAAAUUGAAGCUGAAGCUACAAAGCUAGCUCAACACAUUCAAUGCAUGAAUGAAGCCGAGUUGCGUGCAGAGCGCGAGGAAGAAUAUCUUCACAUCUUGAAGGAGAAGGGCUUACAAGAACGGGAAUUGACCGAUCAGCUGAAAAGAAGAGAAGAGAAUGAUCGCCAGAUUUUACAAAAUGAGAUAGAAAGACUGGAGCGUGAGAGUCGCCAUAAGGAUUUGGCGGAAGCAGAACGGGAAAUUCGGAAAGCUGCGAACGAAGGGAGAGCCCCUCCCAUGGGAAUCACCCGACCAUCUGUUGAAAAAAUCAAAGCAGAACACUUAUUGGACGACAUGUGGACUGAAUUUCCAGAUUUAAAUCCCCGUUUGCAGCACGAAAUCAUCAGCCUGCAAGCCCACUACAAGCCAACCGGCGGUGUAGGGAUGUGUCGGGCACCCACACCCAAAACUCGAGAACAUAUUCUGCAAGAAAUGGCGAACCAAUUAUACAGAGAGGAUCAUAGUCGAGCAAGCAUGAGAUCGGCUUCCAGAUCUAGCUUGAGAGAUCAUGGCCAUGCCCCAACUUCUUUAUCCAGAAGUAGCAGCACACGUCAAGGUAACAAUAGUCCUGGCCCUUCGCGACUUGCAAAUCGGCCGCCAUCUCGCUGCCUAGACGCCAAUGGUCCUCCUCUGAGCCUUCCGCGACGGGAUUUGGAACCUGAAAGUUCCCAACAAAUUUCAGGAAGUGAUGCUUCAGCCAUUGACGCAUCCCUCUCUGCACGACUUCACAGUGCCGCCCUGAAUAGUGAAAUCAAUGGUGGUCGUAGAUCUCGUGCCAGCAGUCGUGCAGGUCAAAUGAAUGACAAUCAUCCUAUGGCCCGGCACCGCCCUGACCUUGAUCCCAGUCCAUUAAACCCCAACGUAGGAAGACGAUCACGUGCUAGCACUGUCACCGAACAGUUGGAGUCGGAGAUUUUACAAGGUGGUCCUCGCCAUGCAGCUUCAGAGCUUGGUUCCGGUGCCAGAUCUAGAUCAAACAGUACUGCACAGUCCCAUGGAACCAGCCCUCAGUGCCGGAUGUCGAAUGAACGGUACAUAAACCUAGCGAUGGGCCGGUCACCAGCUGGAAGUGACCACGGCCGAAGCUCAAGACCAGCUUCUAGGUUGAACAUGCCUGGAACCAGCAAUGUCGAUAGAAAUUAUGACGGGUUGGCACAUGGAGAAUCGUUCCAAACCCCUAUCGACCAUCACAUGUCGGACCAUCGCCCUGACCUUGAUCACAGUCCAAUAAACCCCAACCCAGUGAGACGCUCACGUGCUAGCACUAUCGCUGAGCAGAUGGACGCAUCCAUUUUACGAGGUGUCCCACAUCACGUGAGCUCAGAAGUUGGUCCUGAUGGUAGGUCUCGAUCAAGCAGUACCGCACAUUCCUCAAGACCACUAUCUAAGGAAAGCAUACCAGGACCCAGUUUCAUCGGCAACAAAUACAAUAAUUUGACAGAUGAAUCUCUAUCUAGUCUUCCUACCGAAGCAUUAGAGAUGAUGCUCGCUGGUGGUCAAGUUGAUCCGUCGAUGAUGCCAAACAUGUCAUUGAACCUUCAACAUAUCCAGCCGGGAGACGUCGAUCGAGAGCAGCUAGCAGCAUUAUCCGGUCAGCACCAAGGCAGCCUCUAUGCCAAUAUGAGUAGCUCGAAUGUUGAGGCACUUCAAUCCCAUCCGGCCGAUGGGCGUCCUGCCAGUACUCGCAUGGGGGGUGCGUCACCAUCCAGUAGUCUUCGGCGCCAGUCUUCGAUGAACCGGGACCCUAGAGACGCAUCAAGGUCUAGCAGUCGAGGUGGGACCUCAAGUAGUCACCACUCUGGCUUAGAAGGCCGGGAUUCCAGGAAUAAUAGCCAUUCGCCUCUCAACCCAUCAAAUCGCAACUCGCUUGGUAAUUCCAAAUCACUUUAUAGCAUGGCAGGCAGGCAUGAUAUGUAUGCAAGUCAAAAUGAAGGUGGAAGGUCAUCUUCCCAAGAUGGCUGUGAUUAUCCAGCCGAAGCAAAUUCAGUCGAUGACGAGUUUGUCAUCACCGAAAGGCGCGAACACGAGGGGGCUACAAUCGUCGACAAUUUGGGCCGAGUCGAAGCCAGUUCCAGAGACAAUGCCAGUCACCCCCAGCGGAUCGAUACUCUCAAGGCAGGGUUGAAUGACCGUAAUGAGAUGCAUUCGGCAGUCAAAAAUAUGAUUUCUGAGGCUAGUCGACGCGGCGCAAAUGGAGUUGUUUCUCUCAGAGUGCAUGAUUUAAAGGAUGGAAGCUAUGUGGCUUCUGGUGAGGCGGUCGUCUUAGUCCAUCAUUAAAUCCUCACCUCAGUGAUUCAAGUCAUUCCAUCAGUUUUAGCCAAUCUAUUCACGAGUUGAACAAGUCCUUUCUUUGCUUGAAUUUCCUCAUGUCGCUGGAAUUUUAUAUCACCCUUAAAUUUCACAACAGUUGAUAGAGUCACCUGUCCAAGAGUAUUUAUAUAUUUGCAUGUUUGUAUUAUGUAAAUACAUACUUCCAGUCUUUUCAUUUGAAGGCCUUGUUCGCAUUUCACUGUUCCCCCAUUAUUCCUCCAAACUGAUUUUACCGCCCCAGUCUCAUUUCUUGUUGUUGGUUUAUUAGCCUACUUUAUAAUUUGUCAGUCGUCCCGGUUUUCGCUCACACCCCUUGUUAUUUUCGUCUUAUUUUCAUAUGUCCUCCUUUUUUCGUUUUUGGAUCUUCUUUCUUCAAACAUGCUAUACCCGUUUUCUGUCUUCUAAUCAUCUCACCCAACCAUAUCCUUACUUAACCUAAUCAACAGCACGUCCAGUCUCUUUGAUAACCCUCAAAACAAUCAAGAAGAAGAUACCAAAAAAAGCACCAAAUGAAAAGACGCCACUACCCAACGCGCAACAAUUGUUCGCGGCCAGGAUAUCAAAAGUCCACAGUUGAACAUACUCCUCCGACUUAGACACAUCUGUCUAAACGCAAAUCUUUAUCAGUUCUAAUCUUUCUCACAUUGAUGGUGAGAAAGACAUUCUGGAAAUCUGCUUAUUUUUUUCUUGCUUGAAAAUGCAAAGCUUAUACAUAUGCAUCUGGUAUUUUUCUUCUUCCACUUGAUUACUUUGCUCCUUCAUGAUCAUACAUAUAUUUUCUUGUUUUCUUUAGUAUGUUGCGCAUACACUGACCAUCAUCGAGUGUUGGUCAGUUUCUCUUAUAAGAUCUUGUUAGCUUUGGCGUUUGUUCAAUGGUCAAUUAUUAUGAAACCCGUUUAGUUGAAAAAUCCUUUUCAUGAGCUGUCUUGCAUGGGCAUUUGUGUCACCGACUC